ACUCCAUUUUAAGGAUGCUGCAUCUUGAAGCGUCGCCGACCAAGUCGUGGCAACGUAGGCAGGACAUUGAACGGGCGACUAACGAACGACAGGCAGCAGAUGAUCAACUCAAGGAGGUGUACGAUCGAUUGUGUGAAAUGCUUCAAGUGCGCAAAAAGACAGCGGCGGCAUGUGACCACGGUACAGUUGGGAUUGUGGUUCCUGCACGAUGUGUGGUGGACUGAGUGUACGCUGUCGCAACCAGACGAUGGAGGAUUCGAACGACAAGUUCGCGAACUCACUCAAGACGUGCUGGACGCUGGGGACCACUACAAGGCCAGUGCGUCUACCGAGUUGGAACUUGUUCGCGCCCAAUGUACAGUGGCUUUCCACGACAUGAAUAUCGCCAAGGGCAUGAACCAGGAUCUCAAAACGCAAGUGGAAGUGGUUGAAGAAAGGUUGCGUGAAUACGACACCUCUGCCGCGUCCGACGACAUGUACGAGAAAAAGCUACAAAAGUUGCACGACUUGCAACAUCAAGCCAAGGACACCUCCGACACGAUCCACCGAAUGCGACGAACGUUGGAAGCAAAGCAGAAGACGUUGCAAGAGCAGGAACCAGCCAUGGAGGUGUGGAGGCAACUUGCAGCCGAGAAGGAACGCACGGAUCAAACGUUAAAGCAAAUCCAAGCACAACUGGCCAGUGUCCAUCGUGAUCAGACUGUACUGGCAAGGAAACAUCAGUUGGCUGUGGAGAAAGCGGAGCGUACGAUGCAAUAUACGCGCAACCAAUGCGACUUGGCACGCAAAGAUGUACGUACACGCUGAUGGGUGUGGGGUGAUGAAGACUCCUCGUGGUCAUGGUACUGUAGCUAUAUCGCCAGCAGUAUGCUGUGGAGAAUGUGACCACCGCGAUGAAGUCGUUGUCGUCGUGCGCAAGCCAGCUCAAGCUGCCAACGUUCCAAGCGACCCCUCAACUUGCACGGAUACAGGACGACGUAGUCGUCGCCCCCCGGCAGGCCAUUGCCAAACCAAACAAGAAGAAGACUAAUCGAGUUAAGCGGUGACACAUACUAAGGUUAAGGAUGAGGUGUCUUAUCCG